AUGAGUAUCAAUGCUGACAAAAUUGCUCAACUAACAACCAAUCAAGAGGUUCUGCAACAAGAAGUGGAACACUUGCAGACAAGUCAAACGUCUGUCCAACAAAUUGUUACAGAGGGCCAAACAAGUUCUUUUGGUAAUAUAUUAUUAAUUUUGCCAAUGGGCCACAUUAUUAUUUUCUUUAGAACAGAAAUAUUAUUAACAUAUCAGGUAUACUGAUUUUUUCUAAUAUGACAUGUUUUUACCAAAAAUGUUUAUGAGAACACGAAAAUCUGACAGUGGAUUACACCCAAACAGCCAGGUGCCCCUGGCCAAGCCCCGUCCUUAUAGUACAGCUUUUUCAAUUAUUCCUGAUUCGAAAGGAAUGUUACGAACACUUGAAGAAUGUUAGAGUAAUUAUAAAAUGACACGAAAAAAAUUAAACUCAAACGAUCUGUGCCAGCGUAGGUAGUGAGAAUAACACCAGAAAGCUGCGUAUUGAGAGCGAUUCAACUACCUGAAAAAUACAAGAAAAACUUGGACGUUUUGGGCGAAGGCCCUUUGUCCGGAAGUUAGUAGCGUCGGUGAGAAAGGACUGAAAAUAGCAAUUUCCGAGAAAUGCUAACUAUUUCUUUAUUUCCUUAGCAAAGAAACAAAUGAAAUAUUAAAUAUAAAAGACCAAUUGUCAUAACUUAUUUCUAAAAUGUUUCAAUGAAAAUUAAAGUACAAAGGUUCCAAACACAACUCGUUCAAACUUGUAAAAUUUCUGUUCAGACUAUAUGUCAAACCAUUUAAUAAGAUGUAUACAUAUUCUAUAAAAAAAUAUUAAUACGUCCAAGAUGCAAAACUAAGAACAUUAUUCCCUCUAGAUUUUUGAAAUCACAUAGCGCUGAAAUUAGCACAUAAAAAUUUCAACGACAACGACCGUUCUUGCAACGCUCACAUGUACUUUUAAACGGUCGUUUAUAUCGUCAUUUCCAGAUUUCCACAGUUGUGAUGCUGACAUUGAUUAUUAUGCUACGCGGUAUGAUCGGGAUACAAUACAGUGGCUUCUGAAUGAUUUUGAUACGUGGUUUAGUGGUUCUCAUGAAUCCAGAGCCUAUGCACUGCUGGGUGAUGCCGCAGUUGGUAAAAGUGUCAUGGCUUAUUUUUGUCGUCACUAUGAUAGCACACGUCGUGAUCCCAGGUAUCUGCUUGGUAUUGUUGUUUAUCAAUUACGUAAUUGUAAUAGUCAAUAAUAUAAAGUAGUGGGAGGGGAGACUGGUAUAUGUACAAAGUAUGUUAGCUAAUGCUAAGCUAGCCGUUCACGAGCUAUUUAAUAAAUUGUUGGAAGAGCCAUUGAGUAAAUGCAGUGCUUUAAGAGAAAACUGGUUGUUAUUGAUGCUCUAGAUGAGGCAGAAUUUCCUCAGAGAUGUUGUCUGGGUCGAUAGGAGUUUUCAUCUCUGAAGUUUUGAAAUAAACAGACGUACAUAAAUACACAAACUAAAACAGCAGGUUAAAUUUUAACCCAAGGUUAGCGCUAACCCACCUUUGAACAACUGGCCGCAGGAGUGUUUUAUUCAACAUGAGCUCCACCUUUGAAUUUACUAUAUGAGUAAAUUCUUAAACACGUCCGAAUUUAUCAUUAUGAUAAAUUCGCGGCACAUUUUGAAUUUAUCAAUAGAGUUAAUCAUAAAACCAAAUCGCGCGGGGUGGGGAGUUUUUCAAGUUUUAAAAAAAAAAUAGUUUUUAAAAAAGUUUUAAAAGAGUUUUGAAAAGAAAGAAAAGUUUAAAAAGUUAGAUUUUUAAAAAAGUUAAAAAAAUUUAAAAAGUUAAAAAAGUUAGGGUUAGGGGUUAGUUGUUAGGGGUUAGGGGUUAGUGGUUAGGGUUGGGGUUAGGGUUAGAUGCCGCGAAUUUAUUAUUAUGAUAAAUUCAAAAUUUGCCGCGAAUUUAUCAUAAUGAUAAAUUCGGACGUGUUUAAGAAUUUACUCAUAUGGUAAAUUCAAAGGUGGAGCUCAUGCUGGUUUUAUUAGGCUUAAAGCGCAGCACGAGUGGCUUUAAACUAAUAAAACACGACCUGCGAGUUUAUUAAACGGCUUCAAACACGACUACAAAUUCAAUAGAUAUACUGCCUUGUUGGUAUUCUUUAUAAUUAUAAAGAAUACUAAUGAGGACACGACUACAAUAGAUACUGCCUUAUUAGUAUUCUUUAUAUAAAGAAUACUAAUUAGGCCAAAUUUAUGGACAAGCUGUCAGGAAGUUUGCUUUGAAGUUUUGGUUAACCCAGGGUUAAACUAUAACCCAGCUUUGAACAACCGUCCCCUGCUCGUUUAUUAAACAGUACCUAAAGUCCACAUAAAAUGGACAAAUGCUGGUUAAUUUCGCAGAAAAAUGGUGUCGAAAGUAAUCAAGUUAAGUUGUUCACACUUAAAAUGAGAAAAACAUCCUGUGAUUUGUUUACAGCAGUAUUAUUAAAUAUAUUUUCGAUUACAUUGCGUACUAAAAUUGCUCUAUUUUAAUUUCUAAAGAUACAGCCUUGAAGGGCGGGAAAUUUUCCUUGUUUUCAUACAAAGGUACCUUUUGCAUAUAAUAACCUGCAUGUAUAAUGGUUAUUUAUAAAACUUCUUAUUUAGGAUGAAGACGGAAGCAUUGCUGCGUACAUGCUUGAACAAGAUCAUAUUUUGCAGCGACAAGGGUCCGAUAAUAUCGUCUGUGAAGGAU